AUGCUGUCCUUUAUCCUGAUCCAGAACCGACAGGGGAAAACCCGCCUCGCAAAGUGGUACGCCCCAUACAGCGACGACGAGAAGAUCAAGCUCAAGGGCGAGGUCCACCGUCUUGUCGCUCCGCGCGACCAGAAGUACCAGUCCAACUUUGUCGAGCACCGCAACAACAAGAUUGUCUACCGCCGCUAUGCCGGGCUCUUCUUCUGCGCCUGCGUCGAUACCAACGACAACGAGCUCGCCUACCUCGAGGCCAUCCACUUCUUCGUCGAGGUCCUCGACUCCUUCUUCGGCAACGUGUGCGAGCUCGAUCUCGUCUUCAACUUUUACAAGGUCUACGCCAUUCUCGACGAGGUGUUCCUGGCCGGUGAGAUCGAGGAGACGAGUAAGCAGGUUGUGUUGACACGACUGGAACAUCUGGACAAGCUGGAGUGA